GACUGUAUUCAGAGUGAGUUCUUACCUGCAAUACUCGAGUUCCUUCGCCUUGGAUCGAAAAGGAGGGAGACACAAAGAGUUAAUGGCUGGUGGAGGAUUUGCAGAUGGAGGAACCCUCAAAAGGGCUCAUCUCUACGAAUAUAAGAUCACCGGUUACUUCAUAUUCGCUUGCAUAGUUGCAGCUCUUGGAGGAUCCCUUUUUGGGUAUGAUCUUGGUGUUUCUGGCGGUGUCACCUCCAUGGAUGAUUUCUUGAAAGACUUCUUCCCGAAAGUGUAUAGAAGGAAGCAAGAACAUCUCCAUGAGACAGAUUACUGUAAAUACGAUAGCCAAAUACUCACACUCUUUACAUCCUCAUUGUACUUUGCUGCUCUUGUUUCCACAUUUGGAGCCUCCCAUGUUACCAGAAACAAAGGACGAAGAGCCAGCAUUCUUGUUGGAUCAAUAAGCUUCUUUUUAGGAGCAGUCCUCAAUGCAGCUGCAGUGAACAUUUCAAUGUUGAUCAUAGGACGAAUCCUGCUUGGUGUAGGCAUUGGAUUUGGCAACCAAGCAGUUCCCUUGUAUCUUUCAGAAAUGGCUCCUGCAAAAGUGCGUGGAGCAGUUAACCAAUUGUUCCAAUUGACAACCUGUUUAGGAAUCCUGAUUGCCAACCUAAUAAAUUAUGGAACUGAAAAAAUCCAUCCAUGGGGAUGGAGGUUAUCUCUUGGUUUAGCCACAGUUCCUGCGACUCUAAUGUUUGUUGGGGGAGUUUUCCUCCCUGAGACUCCCAACAGUCUUGUAGAACAAGGCAGAUUAGAAGAAGGAAGAAAAGUAUUGGAGAAAAUUAGAGGGACAGCAAAAGUUGAUGCUGAAUUUGCUGAUCUUAUUGAUGCAAGCAAUGCUGCAAGAGCCAUAGAGCACCCGUUUAAGAACCUUCUCAAGAGAAAGAAUCGCCCCCAAUUAAUAAUAGGGGCUUUGGGAAUCCCUGCAUUUCAACAGCUUACUGGCAUGAAUUCUAUACUCUUCUAUGCUCCUGUAAUAUUUCAGAGCUUGGGUUUUGGUUCUGGGGCAUCUCUAUAUUCAUCCGUCAUAACCAGUGGAGCACUUGUUGUCGGUGCCCUCAUUUCAAUGGCUUUAGUUGACAAAUUUGGAAGAAGAGCUUUCUUUCUGGAAGCUGGAACUGAGAUGUUCUGCUUCAUGGUGGCUGUGGCUAUAACUUUGGCGCUGAAGUUUGGACAAGGGGUAACCCUCCCAAAAGGAAUUGGCAUCUUCCUUGUGAUAAUCAUUUGCUUGUUUGUCUUGGCAUAUGGAAGAUCUUGGGGCCCUCUUGGUUGGCUGGUUCCGAGCGAGAUCUUCCCACUGGAGACGAGAUCAGCUGGCCAGAGUAUGGUGGUCUGUGUCAACAUGCUCUUCACAGCUCUGAUAGCACAGUGUUUCCUGGUGUCACUCUGCCACCUUCGAUAUGGAAUCUUUUUGCUGUUUGCUGGCUUGAUUUUGAUAAUGAGCAGCUUCAUAUUCUUCUUGCUGCCAGAAACAAAGCAAGUGCCAAUUGAAGAGGUAUAUCUUCUCUGGCAAAAUCAUUGGUUCUGGAAGCGCAUAGUGGGAGAUGGGGACCAAGUUGAACCAGAUGGCAAGCUAGGCUCGCAAGUUUAAAUUAUCUCCUCAAAUGGGGAAAAGAAAACAUUAUUUCCUGUUUGUGAGUUAAAGAAAGUACUUGAUACAACAAAUCCUUAAUCCUAACUAAUUGAAGUCUGGCUACCGCAAGUUGUAAUUUAGAAUACAUUUCUUUCUUGAUAGCAGACAUUUUAAUCAAAGUUGAUGUUAAAUUCAGAAUUAAACUUAACAAUAACACCCAAUUGCUUCCCUUAA